AUGGCUACUGAACAAAGCAUUUGGAGCACUGCCAAAAACUUCUUCUCUUUGUCACCGAAAAAGCCAAUUCCGAGCCCGGUCACUACAGAGCGCAAAGAGCUGUCGUUGCCGAUCAUUGUCGAAACGAGGCGCUCGAGUAUCCCAAAGGAUGCCAACGCUGACGAAGUCUACCUCUAUGAGUUCGGCUCCCUGAACAUGCCCUGA